AUGGUUCAGAGAACUCUGCUGCUCGUUUUUAUAGCUUUUCUUAAAUUUGGAUUUUCUGGAACACCAACAAGCUCCAAAAGGAUUACAGUUGAAAACAACUCAGGGGUGACGCCAGAAGGUCUGUGUGGUGCCUGGGUUAAAGAACCCGAUGGAGGUUCCUUUACUUCUCCUAAUUAUCCUGAGAAGUAUCCUCCUGAUAGAGAAUGCACAUACAUAAUAGAAGCGUCUCCAAGACAAUGCAUCGACUUAUACUUCGAUGAACAGUACGCCAUAGAGCCAUCUUGGGACUGCAAGUUUGAUCACAUUGAAGUUCGAGAUGGACCAUUCAGCUCUUCACCCGUUAUUGGCCGAUACUGCGGCCAGCAAAGCCCCAUGUAUGUGAGGUCCAGUGGGAGAUACCUUUGGAUUAAAUUUGUUGCAGACAGUGAACUUGAGGCCACUGGGUUUUCUGCAAAAUACAAUUUUACUCAAGAUCCCGAGUUUAAAGAAUUUGGAACACCUCUGUCACUUUCAUCAUGUGAGUUUGAGAUGAGUGGGACUGAGGGCAUCAUCGAGUCUGCUAUGGUGGAAAAGGAGACACAGGCUCUGCAAACAGAGGCUGUGGACUGUAAGUGGUUCAUUCAAGCACUGCCUGGCUCAAAGAUCUACCUGCGCUUCCUGGAGUACGAGAUGCAGAACUCGAACGAGUGCAAGCGCAAUUUUGUAGCGGUGUACGACGGCGGCAGCUCAGUCGAACACCUGAGGAAUAAGUUUUGUAGCACGGUAGCCAAUGAUGUCAUGCUGCUCACGUCAGUAGGCGUCAUCCGCCUGUGGGCCGACGAGGGCAGCCGCAAAAGUCGCUUCCGCAUCCUCUUCACCACCUUCCGAGAACCUCCAUGUGAGGAAGACACUUUCUUCUGCCACAGCAACAUGUGCAUUAACCACACUCUGGUCUGCAAUGGUAUCCAAAAUUGUGUCUAUCCCUGGGAUGAGAACGGCUGCAAAGAGAAAAGAAAAGCCACUAUCUUGGACAGCCUGGACCACACCAACAUGACCUUAAUUGGGGUUACCUGUGGUGUGGUGCUUCUUCUGCUCACAGUGUCGAUCAUCAUCCAGGUCAAGCAACCGCGCAGGAAGUACCUCGUGAGAUUGGACGAAUUUGACCCUGCGCUGUUGCCUGAGCCCCUCGAGCCACCACAUUAUGAGCUGUGUGCUCUGAGGAGCAUGGCGUCUACUGAGGACUUUCCUGGUCUGCGUCGCUCCUCCUCCAAGUGCAUUAACGGCCACCAUUGUGGCUCUCAGGCCUCCAGCCGCACAGACCUGAGCCUGAGUGUCCUCGCCGAGACGGCCAGUAACAGCAACCCGUGCAGGAGCAUCGUGGUGAUGAAACACAACCAUUCACUAGAGGACACUGAGGUGUGCGAGCUAGACGACGAGCUGGAGGAAGAAAACAUCGAGGAGAAAUCCACCAAAGCACUAAAAGGACUUGCAAACUCCAUGCACACAGACCCCGUUGUUUAAUUACUUAUUCAGAGAUCCUUAUGCAGUGAGCUCAAAAGCACUACAUACCUGUUUAAAUACCGCAGAUCACCUGUUAUGAUUAGGAUAAAGAAUGUCAUAAUGUUGAGCCUUGAGAGAUUUGUUUUAGUCAUUAAAUACUGUACACCAUUUUCAUUGAUCUGUUAUGU